AUGGCCAACAGAAUACAGUCUUAUGAAAUAUCCCACUUUCCUAACGUAAUAGGCUGCAUCGAUUGCACCCAUAUCAAGAUCAAAAAUCCAUUUGGUGAGAUAGGCGAAGUAUAUAGGAACCGAAAGGGAUGGAUGUCCAUAAAUACCCCAGUAGUAGUUGGACCGAGCGCUGAAAUACUGGACAUAGACGUCCAUCACCCAGGAAGCACCCAUGAUAACACCAUCUUUGACAGAAGCUCCUUAUGGGCUCGGUUUGAGAAUAACGAGCUAAAUAGGAUACUGCUGGGUGACAAUGGGUACGCUUGCAGGUCGUACCUCUUAACGCCUUUCAUUGAAACAAACUCUGAUCCAGAAAGGAGAUACAACCGUUAA